CCUAGGGAUUUCCAAUGGGAUCUUAGAAGCAGCAGGAGCGAAGCUCAGCGGCCCCUGCGAGGCCAGCGGCAAUUUGAACGCUCCGCCCUGCCCGGGUUCUGGACCAAGGAACCCAAAGCCUCCCUCACCAGCCAUCAGCCCACAGGUUCUGGUUGUUAUCCAGGUGGAUACACAUGGCUCUUCUACGCAAAAUUAAUCAGGUGCUGCUGUUCCUUCUGGCCCUGACCCUUUGUGGGAUUCUGUACAAGAAAGUUCAUAAGGGAGCUGUCCUCAAGAAUGAAGCAGAUGGUGAUUCCGAGUCCCCCGAGGACAUGGAGGAGGAGAUUCCAGUGGUGAUCUGUGCGGCCGCAGGGAGGAUGGGAGCAGCCAUGGCCGCCAUCAACAGCAUCUACAGCAACACUGAUGCCAACAUUGUGUUCUAUGUGGUUGGACUACGGAACACUCUGACCCGAAUACGAAAAUGGAUCGAACAUUCUAAACUGAGAGAAAUAAACUUCAGAGUUGUGGAGUUCAACCCUGUAGUCCUCAAGGGGAAGAUCAGACCAGACUCAUCGAGGCCUGAGCUGCUCCAGCCUCUGAACUUCGUUCGAUUUUAUCUCCCUCUGCUUAUCCAUCAACAUGAGAAAGUCAUCUAUUUGGACGAUGACGUCAUUGUGCAAGGUGACAUCCAGGAACUGUAUGACACCACCUUGGCUCUGGGCCAUGCAGCGGCCUUCUCAGAUGACUGUGAUUUACCCUCCGCUCAAGACAACAACCGAAUUGUGGGGCUGCAGAACACAUACAUGGGCUAUCUGGACUACCGGAAGAAGACCAUUAAGGACCUUGGCAUCAGCCCCAGCACCUGCUCAUUCAAUCCUGGUGUGUUCGUCGCCAACAUGACCGAGUGGAAACAUCAGCGCAUCACCAAGCAGCUGGAAAAAUGGAUGCAAAAGAACGUGGAAGAGAACCUCUACAGCAGUUCCCUGGGAGGAGGGGUGGCGACCUCGCCGAUGCUGAUCGUGUUUCACGGGAAGUAUUCCACCAUCAACCCCCUGUGGCACAUUCGGCACCUCGGCUGGAACCCUGACGCAAGAUAUUCGGAGCGUUUUCUGCAGGACGCGAAACUACUUCACUGGAACGGAAGACAUAAGCCCUGGGACUUUCCUAGUGUUCACAACGACUUAUGGGAGAGCUGGUUUGUUCCUGACCCUGCGGGGAUCUUUAAACUCCACCACAACAGAUGACACACCUCGACACUUCAAGUAUUCCCUGGACAAAAAUGGCAUCAGCCUUUGCAUCCUCCCCUAGCCCUGUUCUUUAGGAGCGGCACCUCGGACACAUAGAUCUACAAUGGAAGAAGCAAAAACUGUGUUACAUGUUCAACCAUGGACCAAAGGCAGACCUAACUUCUUGAAGUUCAAGUGGUAAUUAUGACUGGCCCUUCACCCCCUUCCCCUCUCUUCUUGGUGUUUUGAGACAGGGUCUCACUGUGUACCCCAGGCUGGUCUGGACUUGAAUGACAAUUACAUCAGAAAACUUUAAAAGUCCCUAAUUUUUCAUUUAGGUAUUUUUGUAGCUGUUCUUAUUGGUUCUGAUUUUGCAUAAGAUAGGAUCUCUCUAUAUAGCCCUGGCUGGCUUAGAACUCACUUAUCGACCUCCUAAGUACUGGAAUUAAAUGCAUGUGCCACCA